GGGGCCGAGGAGGCGGGAGAGUGAGGGAAAGGCUGGAAGACGAGGAUUGACCAGAGAAGGCCUCACUCAGGAUUUAUGUUUGAGCAGAGCCCUAAAAGAGAAGAGAGAGCAAAUCAUGAGGAUGUAUGGCAGAACAGCAAGUGCAAAGGCCCAGGUGACCAGAGCGUCAGUCCUGGGAUGCGUCCUCGGUGAGAAGGCUGCUGCAUGAUGGCAGUGUUUGAUACUCCGGAGGAGGCCUUUGGCGUUUUACGUCCGGUCUGUGUCCAGCUCACGAAGACGCAGACGGUGGAGAGCGUGGAGCAGCUACAGGCACAGUUACGAGCUGUGAGCGACUCUGCCCUUCAGGAGCUCCAGCAGUACGUCCUCUUCCCUCUGCGAUUCGCCCUGAAGACCCCAGGCCCCAAGAGGGAGUGCCUGACCCAGAGCGUGGUGGAAUGCCUCACGUUCGUCCUCUCUUCCACGUGUGUCAAGGAACAAGAACUUCUCCAGGAGCUCUUUGCGGAGCUCUCUGCCUGUCUGUAUUCGCCCAACUCCCAAAAACCCUCGGCUGUGUCCGAGGAGUUGAAAUUGGCCGUGAUCCGGGGCCUCAGCACGCUAAUGCACUCGGCUUAUGGGGACAUCAUUCUGGCCUUUUAUGAACCCUCCAUUCUGCCUCGUUUAGGAUUUGCUGUGUCUUUACUGUUGGAUCUAGCAGAACGGGAGAAAUCAAAGCAAAUUAAGAUCGCUGCCUUAAAAUGUUUACAGGUUCUACUCCUUCAGUGCGACUGUCAGGACCACCCAAGGGCCUUGGAUGAACUUGAGCAAAAGCAGCUGGGGGACUUGUUUGCUUCUUUUUUACCCGGAAUCUCAAUGGCGCUGACCAGGAUCAUCACAGGAGACUUCAAACAGGGGCACAGCAUCGUCAUGUCUUCCCUAAAGAUCUUUUUCAAGAUGGUGAGUUUCAUUAUGGCUGAUGAGCAGCUCGAAAGAAUCCCACAGGUCCAGCCGAAGCCUGCAGUGGGGCACAGGGUGGCAGAGCUGGUGGUUCACAGGGAGGCCAAGUGGGUAAAAAAUACCAGUGACAAAUUGACUCUCCUUAUUAAAAAGAUAGUCGAGUGUGUUGCAGUCCACCCACACUGGAAGGCGAGGCUGGCGCUGAUCGAGCUUGUCGAGGCCCUUCUUCUGAAGUGCAGCGGGUCGCUGGUCAGUUCGGCCGGACCCCUUCUGAAGGCUUUGGUGGGUCUAGUAAAUGAUGAGAGUCCUGAAGUCCAAGCCCAGUGCAGUAGAGUGCUGAGACAUUUCGCAGACCAGAAGGUAGUGGUAGGCAACAGAGCCUUCGCCGACAUCCUGUCAGAGAGCCUGCACGCCCUUGCCACGUCUCUUCCCCGCCUCAUGAGCGCCCAGGAUGAUCAGGGCAAAUUCUCCACUCUCUCCGUGUUACUCGGCUAUCUGAAACUCUUGGGCCCCAAAGUGAACUUCGUCCUCAACUCUGCGGCCCAUCUUCAGCGCCUUUCCAAAGCACUUAUCCAAGUGCUAGAAUUGGACGUAACUGACCUCAAAAUCGUGGAAGCGCGGCGCUGGAAUUCGGAUGGUCUGAGUGCUUCUCCAGAGCCCAUGGCCGUGCAGCCAUGGAGUCGGAUGCAGAAGAGAUACUUCCGCUUCUUCACCGACGAGAGGCUCUUCCUGCUUGUGCAGCAGGUGUGCCGGCUUCUCGGUUUUUAUGGGGACCUCUAUUUGCUCAUAGAUCACUUCCUGGAGCUGUACCACGAGUCUGUGGUUUACCGGAAGCAAGCUGCCAUGAUCCUGAAUGAACUGGUUGCAGGGGCUGCUGGGCUGGAGGUGGAGAAUCUUCAUGACAAACACAUUAAACCAAGCCCCAAGGAACUGAGAGAGAUCGUGACAUCCAUCCUUGAAGAAUACACAAGCCAGGAAAACUGGUAUUUGAUCACUUGUAUCGAAUCUGAAGAAGUGGGAGAGGAGCUAACGAUGAAACAGUCAGGCCUCCAGGCCAUCGCGUCUGGUGCCCACACCUACCAAGGCGCAUCUUUUCCAGCCUUCUCAAAGCCAAGUGCUACUAUUUGCUCCAUGAACAGCAACAUCUGGCAGAUAUGCAUCCAAUUGGAAGGGAUCGGGCGCUUUGCGUGUGCCCUAGGAAAAGACUUCCGUUUGCUCUUGAUGUCAGCCCUCUAUCCAGUCCUGGAGAAGGCUGGAGACCAAACCCUGCUCAUUAGUCAGGCAGCCACCAGUGCCAUGAUGGACAUUUGCCACGCUUGUGGCUACGACUCUCUGCAGCACCUGAUCAGUCAAAAUUCGGACUAUUUGGUGAAUGGGAUCUCUUUAAAUCUGCGUCAUCUGUCUCUGCACCCCCAGACCCCAAAGGUCCUAGAAGUCAUGCUGUGGAACUCAGAUGCCAGCCUGCUUCCUUUGGUGGCAGAUGUGGUGCAGGAUGUCUUGGCCACAUUGGACCAGUUUUAUGAUAAGAGAGCUACUUCCUUUGUCAGCGUCCUGCACGCCCUGCUGGCAGCCUUAGCCCAGUGGUUCCCAGAUACAGAUGAUCUCGGGCAACUCCAAGAGCAAAGUGCAGGGGAGGAGGGAAGUCAUUUGAGCCAGACACCAGCAAUUCCUGAGAAAGGACUCGAGAAUACUACCACAGCGGAAGACAUUGAGCAAUUUUUGCUGAGCUACCUCAGAGAAAAGGAUGUGGCGGAUGGAAAUGUCUCAGAUUUUGAUCAUGAAGAAGAGGAGCAGUCAGACCCUCCCAGAGAGGACGAGAGCGACACCGGUCCUGACAUCGAGCCACCACUGCCAGUGCAGGUCCAGAUAGCCACAGAUGUGAUGGAGCGCUGCAUCCACUUGUUGUCCGAUAAGAAUCUGAAAAUCCGCUUGAAGGUCCUGGACGUGCUGGAUUUGUGUAUAGUUGUUCUGCAGUCCCGCAAGAACCAGCUCCUGCCCUUGGCUCACCGGGCCUGGCCCCCACUCGUGCACCGCCUCACCAAUGACGACCCCCUGGCGGUGCUCAGAGCCUUCAAGGUCCUGCGGACCCUGGGAGGCACGUGUGGCGAUUUCCUACGGAACCGGUUCUGCAAAGAUGUCCUGCCCAAGCUGGCCGGCUCCCUCGUCAGCCAGGCUCCUGUCAGCGCCAGGGCUGGGCCGGUUUACUCCCACACGCUGGCCUUCAAGCUGCAGCUGGCCGUGCUGCAGGGCCUGGGCCCCCUCUGCGAGAGCCUGGACCUAGGUGAGGGUGACCUGAAUAAAGUGGCUGAUGCCUGCUUGAUUUACCUCAGUGCCAAACAGCCCGUGAAAUUACAAGAGGCUGCCAGGAGCGUUUUCAUCCGCUUGAUGAGGGUGGACCCGGACUCCACCUGGUUUCUCCUGAACGAACUUUACUGCCCGGAGCAGUUCACACCUCCCCACCCCAGGCUCCACCCCGUGCAGCUGCGGGGGACCACGGGGCAGGGCAGCCCCUAUGCGGCCAACGUGCUCCGCCUGCUCCAGGAGCUUCAGUGACCCCCCUCACACACAGACACACCCCGGUACAGCAGCAGCCCCGGACCCCACCCUGGCCCGAGGCGGUGGCACGGCAGCAGAGAAGACUACCAAGGUGGAUUAGACAGCCGAUCGAUUUAUAAAUUGAUCGAUCACACAACUGCUUAGAAAUUGGAUUGAAGGAGAGUUAGCUGUUAUUUAUUUAUAUUUCAUAUCUGGUGUUUUCAAAUGACAUUGUCUGGCAGCUCGAAGGGCUUAACUCCUUCGCUUACCAUCUCCGAGGCCCCGGCUGCCUCCUAGGCUGUCCCCGCCCCCACCCGUCCCACCGUUCCACAUCGGAGAGCCUCAGGACACAUGGAGGGAGGCCUCUGCUACGCACCGCACCGGGGUGUCCCCCGGGCACCUGACAACCAUGUAGGAGUGCCACGCGUCCGAGCCUUCAGAGCACAGCCCUGCAUCACAGACUCAUGCGCGCCCUCUCCUCCAAUGAUGAGCUAGAGCCGACUCACUGUACCUAACUUGUUAUUUGGAAGAAAAUGAAAUAAAGGAAAUUCUCAGAUGAAAAGUA